ACCAGUGUUGUUGGUUCGCAGGUAAAGGCAUAUUUAUCUUUGCACCGUCUGCGUUUGUGUAGGGCCUCUUUGCUAUCGUCUAGGGAAAGCGUUGACCUUAUUACACUGUUCACAGUUGUGGCCAACUUCAAGAACUGGUUCUUUUAUGAGUUUUACGUUCGCACAGCGAGUUGUACAGUAUUAGCACUCUACAGUAACAGAAGCAUUUGGACAGGUUCCGCGCUUUAUAGGGGAACAUUUACAUCGACGAUAUGGAGAGCCCACCGGGCGAGAAGCAUGUCUUCCAGGCAGCCGAUUACGCCGUCUGUGGCGCAAUGCUGCUGGCCUCUCUCGGCAUCGGCUUAUACUACGGCCUGAGGGGCGGUAGGCAGCGGACAUCGGCCGAGUAUGUCCUGGCCGACCGCAGUAUGACCGUGAUCCCCGUCACUCUCUCCCUGCUGGCCAGCUACUUCUCCGGGGUUUCCCUCCAAGGGAUCCCGUCCGAUGUUUACUUCAGGGGGACCAUGGGCAUGUGGGCGGCCGCUCCGGUGUGUAUCAGUGGCAUCGUCUCGCUGUUCUUCUUCGUGCCGAUGUACUACAACAUGGGGAUCACUUCUGUGUUUGAGUACCUGGAGGUGCGGUUCAACAAGGCUGUGUUGGCAUGCGGAGUAUUCGCCUUUAUAUUUUUCGCGAUUCUGUACAUGGGUUUGGUCACUUUUGCCGCUAGCUUAGCGGCAACAGCAGUCACGGACGUAAGUUAUGCGGUAGCUGUAGUCUGUCUCGUCGGUGUUUGCACAAUCUAUACCGUCAUUGGCGGCAUCAAGGCCGUGCUAUGGACGGACACCCUUCAGAUGCUCAUCAUCAUAGCAACCAUCAUCAUCGUCAUCAUCAAGGGGAGUGUGGAGUUGGGCGGGAUCGAAAACGUCUGGAGAAUCGCCGAAGAAGGGCGACGGAUUCAGUUUCUCAACAUCAGCCCCGAUCCGACUGAAUACUACACCAUUUGGGGACUGGUCAUCGGCCAGUUGGGAACUGCAGCCACGAUUCACAUUAGCAAUCAAUACAUGGUCCAACGCUAUCUAACAUGCAAGAGCGUCACUGUUGCAAAAACGGCUCUGGUGAGCUUCAUCGUGGGAUCAACCAUCUUCACUUUCCUCUGCGUGCUGGGCGGGGUGACCAUCUAUGCUUAUUAUGCAGACUGCGAUCCUAAAAGCCAGGGCCUUAUUGAAGCACAGGACGAGAUCCUGCCGUACUUUAUCACCGAGGUCUUCCGAGGAGCACCAGGCGUGGCUGGCAUCCUGCUUGCCGGUAUAUUCGGAGCAGCACUAAGCACCUUGUCUUCUGUGCUAAACGGCGUGGCUGCCCUACUUGGUGAGCACCUCAUCAAACCGUGCUGGAAGACCCUCAGUGAUGAGAGAUACACGCUGAUCUUGAAGGUCAUUGCAACUGUUUUCGCACUGAUUACAUUCGGAAUGGCCUUCCUGAUGCCGCUGAUAGGUAGCGUCACGCCUACGAUGUUUGUCAUUAGCGGUGCAACGAAUGGCCCCGUCUUGGCCUUGUUUCUCUUGGGGGCGUUCUACCCUAGAUGUGGUGGGAAGGCUGCCUUCUUCUCCUUUGUGGUCGGAACUGGCUUUGGAAUAUGGAUUGGUAUCGGUAACAUCCUGCACGGUGGAUCAGCCAGCGCUGAGCUGCCUCUCUCCACUGAAGAAUGCGUGGAGAUGAACAUGUCAAUGGGAACCAUGGCAACGGAUACCAUGACAACCAAUGAUGGGUUUUGGACUACGGGCGAACCAGUAGAGGACAGUGGACCGUUCUUUGGACCGCUGUAUUCCGUAUCGAGGGUCUGGUACCCUACCAUGACGUGCGUCUUGUCUAUUCUGGUCGGCGUUAUCACCACUCUGAUAUUUGGUGGUAAUGACCAGGGGACUGUGGAAACAAGACUUCACGCGGCGGUGCCUGACUGCUGUUACUGCGCAUGGCCAUACAAGAGGAGGAGGUCGGGUCCUCCUACAAAAGGCGAGGCUUAUGAUCCUGAGGAUAACGAUGUGACAUUUGUGUCGAGCAUCUCCGUGAAGAAGCGUCAGAUGGAACCCCCCGGUUUGUUGGUGGAGGACUAUGACUAUGACACCAAGUUGUAGAAUGAAUUCCCAUCUGAAUAUUUAACAAUGCAUUAUUGACUGCUAUGAUGUAGGAUAAGAUGUUAUUACACCCGAGGGGCGCAUAUAGCACCCGAGGCGAAGCUGAGGGUGCUAUAGCGUCCCGAGGGUGCAUGUUAGCAAUGGCAUAUCCCACAUCACAGCAGUCAACAAUUGUUUUGUUAAAUCGUGCCAAUAACUCAAAAAGAUAACUUGUACUUGUGUAACUUACUGUGAGAAAUCAAAUUAAAUCACUGCGAUGUAACUUUUGAAAACUGAAGGUUUUGAUAUUCUGCCACUGAGCGUUUGAUGACGUGGUUCUCAUGGCGCAAAGCUAGCGCACCGCGGCUGGUUCACGUCACACGCGCAAACGAACGCAGUGCCGCGGCGAUAUCCCUGAGUGUGUGUGACAUGUGUUUUUAUAAACCAGACACGUGGCCGUACUUGACCAAUGAAAUGACAGUAUCCAUCGCAAGCGCACGAUAUAACAGUAAUGGUUUUAUAAGAUUUGGGGCUUUGCGGUAACACUAUGUGGUAAUAACUACUGCUCAGUAGAUAUUUUUGUUCUGAGAAGAACUUGUCCUGCUUAUUAUCAACUUUCGCAAAGUAUUUUUAGUUCUGAUAAGAACAGUCCUGCCUUAAGUAUCCAUUGCAAGCACACGAUAUAACAGUAAUGGUUUUAUAAGAUUUUAAGCUCUGCAUGGUAGAGUAUCAGUAUCGUUUCGGUUUGCGGUAACACCAUGUGGUAAUAACUACUGCUCAUUAGAUUUUUAUUUCUGCUUGUCCUGCUUAUUAUCAACUUUCGCAAAGUAUUUUAGUUCUGAUAAGAACAGUCCUGCUUUUAGUUCUAAAAG